AUUUAUAAUUUUCAUAGUGACUGUUUAUGUGUGCUUCUAACUUAGUGUUAGGGAAAGUAAUACUCCACUUAAGAGUCUGCUAUGUAAUUUAAAUAAUUCUAGCAAAACAUUGGGGAUAAUUGGUAGCAGGAUGUAUGCAGUGCGUAUGCUACGGUAUAAUAGCAUAUAAGUAAGUGACACCAUGUACAGGAUUAGAAAUAUGAGGAACAAUUUGAACUCGUUUGUAGAUGCAGAGCUAAAGUGCUGACAGUUUGCUGGUCAAUAAGUUAUUUUCCUUUGCAGGCUUAAAAAAUGUCUCUAAAGGUCACUCUUCUUGUGGUGUGGUUGGUUUCUCAGUGCUGGUCCGCUCCAUAUAGGAGAAACUGGACUCCUCAGGCAAUAUUGUAUCUUAAAGGCGCACAGGGACACCGCUCAACCCUGGAGCGCAGCAGCAGAGAAGAAGGGGACGCUUUACAAUUAGUGAACUUUAAUCAGAUCAACGAUGGGCUGGGAUUGUCUUCAGCUUCUGUCGAGCUCCUGCAACAAGCUGCAGAAGAAGGUGGCGGCAGACACGUUUACCGAGACUCGAGCUUACAACAUCUCUGAUUACUUUUUGCCUGAUCCAGUUGUCGUACUUGCUGUUGGAUAUUUGAACUCUAAAAUGUCGUUGUUGGUAUGAAUGGAUAAUCUGCAGCAAAGAACUCUUAAAUAAACUUCAUUGUUCUAAAAAUGUAAAUUGAUUAUGACUGACUACAUUCUCGUGCUGUGAUGUGUUUGCUGGCAGAAAAUUUUGUUUGGUUCCUCUUUCAAUGUGCUUUUUAAGCAAAUGGGUUCCUGUUGU